CAUGAAAACUCUCAAUGAAAACAACGAGGAGGAGGAGGAGAAGGAGAAGGAGGGAUCUGGGUGUAACGCCAUGGAGGAAACGGAGAACAAUCUGAAAACGGCCAGGUUGUGGAGGGAUGCCGCCCUCCGCUCCAGGAAGCUGCGGAGCAACCUCCGCCAGCUGACCCUCUGCUCCAAAAACAACCAGAUCAUCCUGCCCGACGAUAUAUCCGACAUAGAGGUGCUCAACCUGGGAAACAACUCCCUCCAGGAGCUGCCGGACGGACUGCAGUCCACCCUCAACAACCUGCGCAUCCUCAUCCUCCGCAGGAACAGGUUCUCCGCUGUGCCCAGGGUGGUGCUUGAGCUGGGGCAGUUGGUAGAGCUUGACAUGAGUCACAACUGUGUGAGAAGCCUGCCUGAUGGUGUGGGGCAGCUGAGAGGACUGAAGAAGCUCUGCAUCAGUCACAACAAACUCCAGAACCUUCCAGCUCAGAUUGGAGCACUUCAGACUCUGGAGGAACUUGACAUCAGUUUUAACGACCUGCACGAUUUCCCCAGGUCCUUCACCAGCCUUUGCAAACUGCGAACUCUAGAUGCAGAUCACAACAAGCUGAACCAGUUCCCUGCUGAGAUCUUGGCCCUGGGGGAGCUGGAGGAGCUUGACCUCUCUGGGAACAAGUUUCAGGCUUUGCCAGCUGACAUUUUGAGACUGAAGUCCACCAAGAUCCUGUGGCUCAGCAGUCUGCACAUGUCCUCCUUACCUGACACUUUCUGUCACCUGCACAACUUGGAGAGCCUGAUGCUGGAUGGAAACAACCUCACAGUGCUGCCUUCAUCCUUUGCUCAGCUGCAAAGACUAAAAAUGAUAAAUUUGUCCUCUAACGAGUUUACUGAAUUUCCACAGACUGUUUUAAGCAUUACGGGAUUAGAGGAACUGUACCUGAGCAGGAAUAAACUAACUAAUAUUCCAGAGGGAAUUGCUCAGCUGGUGAAGCUGGUAAAUCUUUGGCUGGACAACAACAACAUCACUCAUCUACCUGAUUCCAUUGUGGAGCUGGAGAAGUUGGAGGAACUUGUUUUACAGGGUAACCAAAUAGCCAUUCUUCCAGAUCAUUUUGGCAAGCUGUCCAGGGUUAACAUUUGGAAGGUGAAAGAUAACCCUCUCAUCCAGCCUCCAUAUGAGGUGUGCAUGAAGGGAAUCCCAUACAUUGCUGUCUACCAGAAGGAACUCGCACAGUCUCAGCUUGCUGUGAAGCCAUGGCUCAAACUGGUUCUGAUGGGGACAAAAAAUGCUGGGAAGACCAAACUGAGACAGAGCUUGGUACCAACUGAGCAGGACGUCAGAGGAACCCAGGGAAAUAAAGGAAUAGAAGUCACUAAUUGGGUGGCAGACUCUGAUCGCCAUCUAAUGUUCUUAGUGUACGACUUGUCAGGGAACCUAAACUAUGACCUCAUCAAACCCUUUUUUCUCUCCCCCGGUGCUCUCUAUGUUCUCGUUGUCAAUCUUAAAGCUUACUCGCCCAAGAACUUUUAUGCCCACAUCGGGUAUUUCCUUCACCUGCUGUGCGCUAAAGUCCCCCAUGCUGUUGUGUGCUUGGUGGGGACACAUGCAGACCUGUGUGGAGAGAUGGAGGUGGAGGAGAAAACUCUGGACAUACACAGACAGAUAGGCCUCCAGGAGAGGAGCGACAUCCAAUGUCUAAGAAGCCUGGUCCAGCAGGUAGACCUCGCUCUGGAGCAAGGCUACAAGGUCCGCACCUCCAGCCCACACGUUCUCUUCUAUGGUGUCAGUGACAAGAACCUGAGGCGCAAGAAAGCUCAAUUGCAGUACAUGCUUAAUCAGCGAUUGCAGAUCCUGUCCCCGGUCCUGAGCAUUAGCUGCACAGAGACCCAGAAGAACAUCCAGCGGCUGAGGGAGAAACUCAUGUCGGUUGCAGACCACAGGGAGAUUUUCCCCAACCUUCACCGCGUGCUGCCGAAGUCCUGGCAGAUGUUGGAGGAGUUGCACUUUAAAUCCAAAGAUCUGUGGCUGUCAUGGUGGAGCUCAGCCCGUCUGGGCCUCCAGGCGGGACUCACAGAGGACCGACUGCAGAGCGCCUUGUCCUACCUGCAUGAGAGUGGGAAGCUGCUCUACUUUGAGGACAGCGUCACACUGAAGGAGUAUGUUUUCCACAAUCUUCCACGUUUUAUUGCAAUUCUUAAUGUCUUCUUUCAGAGGGACAAGUCCACUCUAUUGGACCGGCUGCUGUCUGAAGGGGAGAGGGGUGACAAGGGGAGAGUGAGUCUAGUUAUUGAGGAUGAGAAGGGAGAGAACCUCAGAGUCACUCAUCUUCAGCAGCACCUGGAGGGCUUCCUCCAUGAUGGCCUCCUGCCCUCCAAUGUCAUCCGCCUGCUCCUCAGACCACACAUUGAGACACAGCAGGACCUCCACCUCAUUAUGGAGCUGCUAGAGAAGAUGGGUGUCUGCUACUGCAUCAACAAACCUCGUACCAAGCCCUUGAAUGGAGCCACAGUGUGGUACAAGUUUCCCAGCUAUGUCAGUAGUGAAGAGGCUCGGUUAGAAGACUCAGUGGGAGGAAACUCUCUGAAUCUUAGCCCCUUGUUCUCAGUGGAGCAGCUCUAUAUCCAGUACAGCUUCCCUUUCCUGUUUCCUCCUGGACUUUUUGCACGCUUCAGUGUGCAGAUCAACAACCAUGUGGUCCAGCGGUCAGAUGGCAGGCAUCAGAUAUUUGCCUAUCGGGGGAAGGUCCCAGUGGUGAUCAGCCACCAGCCCUCUAAGGGGAAGCUGUUCAUGGAGACUUUGUCCAUCGCUAGCCACGCCUCACUGCCUAACAUCUGGACUGCCUGGCAGGCUGUCACUCCGCUGGUGGAGGAGCUGAACAUGCUGCUGCAGGAGUGGCCUGGCCUGCAUUAUAAUGUACAUAUUAUCUGUUCCAAGUGCCUCAAGAGAGGGUCGUCCAACCCGCAUGCCUUCCCGGGUGAGCUGCUGAGCCAGCCGCGGCCCGACGGUCUGACUGAGAUCAUCUGUCCAAAGAACGGCUCGGAGCGGGUCGACGUGGCCCUGGUUUACCCCCCCACUCCCACAGCUACGAGCCCCAAGUGACUCCACUGCCCCUCCCUCACUGCAACCCUCACACCCAUCUACACAAAAACAUGGCUGCCCCGGCUCGUCUUACCGUGUCUCCAGACACCACGUCCCCCACCGCUCCUGUUGUCUUCCUCCAUCAUCAUCACCGCUGCUUCUGCCAACACUGGAGCUCACAUCAACGUUUAGGUUUGUGGCUCUGCCUGUUGGCGUCAACCUGGUGCAGACGUUGGAGGGUCUCAGCAUUCUGUAGCAUCAACCACAAACGCUGCUUCAGACGUUUCUCCCUGGAUUCUGAGAUGAAACAGUGAAUCGGAAUCUCAAACUCAUGGUGCAUUUCUUUGGUCAUUUAUCAACAGAAACUUGUGAAGCAGAGAGACUGUUCUCUUCCCCCUGAGGAGAACCUGUUGAGCGGUGUGAGCAGGGUGAGCCAGGUGACAAAGGCUCCCACCCUGAAGCUGCAGACCUGCAGGGCAGCGUGGAGGAGAGCAGGAGCAGGGUGUCUUUAUCCUCACAUGCAGCUAUUCAGUGCAGACCACAAGUCACAGUCAUUCAUCACAGACAUCUCAGUCAGGUCCUAACUAAAUGUAACUGCAGAAGACAGGCCAGCAGGUGGAGCCAAAGACACAGGAGGAUCAUUUAGAUAUCAGAGAAGCAGCCAGAAGGUUGAGCUGGUCUGGACGUUCCAAUCACUUCAUGUCAUUUCUCACCCAAAUCAAAGCUGUUUCUGGGCGGGGCUUCAGGAAAUAUCUAGAAAACAUUUUAUUUUACCAUCACACAAUCCAUGAAGCUGAGGACUAGACAGCAGGAGAGCCACCAUGGGUUCUGAAACAACUGUAAGAUAUUAACUACUCUCAACCAUUCGACGGUACCUCACUUUAAAACUCUUCAACUGUCCCUUUAAGGGCUGUCCAUUUGCAGCUACGAUCACACAUGUUGUUUAUGGAAUGCAGUGAAUCAUUUCCAGACUUUUUCCCCAAAUCCAAUUUUCUAAAAGAUAGCUAAAAUAUCUGCUGGAAAUUUAUUGUAAACGGCUUUACUAAGAUAUCAGAGAAUGAAAAAUAAUAUGAUUUUGAAAAUGAAAAAUCUGUAGCAACCCUGUGCAUAAUGUACAAGUAAUGACAAAAAUAAGUUUCCCCUCCCAGGACAGUGAAUGCAUCAGGGUUUAAGGAUGACUACAGCUAUGUCUUAUGUAAUAGUACAAUGAAGGUUUCCGGUUCUCUGGUUUGUUGUUCACCUGAGGACAGAAGGGCUGGCCACUAGAUGGCGCUGCAAAAAAACAACAAUAAUAAAAAGGUUUUUGCAAAGGUGCCUCGUUGUAAUUGUUGCAGCUGGAACUGCUCCCACAGAACUUUGCAAGAACCUUUCCUGUUUGUCACCUUCAUGUUUUUCUCUCCACAUGCAGUUAGUUUUAAUGUGCCAGAAUUUCCUACAUCUGGAUCUGAUGGACAUCUUGGAGAAGACAGUCUAGCUGUGGGACUGGAUCCACUUCAUUCACUCAUAGCAUUCCUCUCAAAAUCCAGAUUUCCCAAACAAUGACUACUAAAGAAAGCUUGAUUGUUAUUCAACCUUAAAUUAGAACAUAAUUGAAAAGUUCAUUCAUUACAGCAAUCAAUUCACACAGAAAUGUGAGCCUAAGGCAAAAAUAUUUUUAGUACCUGUUUAAAGGUUAUUUGUGUUAAUGUUACAAAUGAGCCUCAUUAGAACAUCAGAAGACAUUUUAUGUUCUGAUGAGACGUCGGGAUGUAGACCCCUGCUGCUGCCCAACGGGAUACAUCAGAGCUGUGGAAAUGUGACAUGAAGUAACAUGAAGUGCAGAAUGGAACAGACCGAAUGUGAAACAAAACAAAAAAAAUCUACCAUUCAGCAGCUGAAGAACGUUUCAACACUAAGCAGAGAGUUUCUUGGACACCGCUCAUCAGACCCUGAAUGAUGGCUAGUGAUCCACUAAUCUCCUCUUCCUUACAUGCCCUUCAACAGGCCACAUGUUAGCAGAGCAGAGUGUUCACAUUUUUCUCUCCACUGCCACCUCUGGCUGAACAACUGAACCGUUCAGAACAGUGUCUGCUUUGAAAGGAUGAGAUCUGGUUGUUCCCACUCUAAACAGCUUUUCUGCAGGAUUAAACUAAAGACUGUUUUCUUUCAUGUAAAUAAUAUCUUUAUUUUUCUACUUAGACACAACAUGUCAAGCUGUGGCAUAUUUACAGUGCAAUGCUGUGCAUGACUCGAAGGACAUGCACAAAAGGUUUUAUAUGUAGCUGGUUUCAAUAUGAAUACCAAAUAAAUCGAUAUCUGGCUUUAA